AUGAUUUGGAUUGUGUUACUUGCGGUGAUACCUAUGGCAUGGGGUCAAAGCUGCCAGUGCAGUAUCUUCCAAGUUCGAAGCAGAGAUGCCAACGGUAUCCCUGUCGAUAAAUCGUCCGAACUAUGGAGACUUACUGAGACUCCUGCUGGCGGAUGUGCCGCGGCAGAAGUUAUCAAUUGCGAAAAUAAUUGCAUUCAAACCUUCCGAAACUGGAAGGCCAACAACACAAUGUAUUCUAUCGCCCCUGGUACAAAUGGACGUGACUAUGGCUCAUAUUUCUGUAUGUCCACCGGAUCUGUCGUACCCCCUGGCUACCCGCUAGAGGCAUUGCAUCAGAUCGUGUCCUGUUAUGAUUGGAUCAGCUCAACUGAAGUGGAUAACCGCCAGAACUUGUGUUGCAAUGGUGACACUUGGAACUUCUGGGACUGUCCAUAUAACGAACCUACAACCGCUGCUCCAUUUGACGUUUAACAUGACAGAUGAUGAAAAAUUGAAAUUUAUUAUUUGUUAAAUUUUGACAAUGAAAUAUAAGU